GUUACACACGCUGCAUAUAGGAAUUAGGGUUUAGCUUGGGGUACUCGCUUCUCUCCUACAAUGGCGGCUGCCACGCUCCACUCCGUACUCCGCCGCAAUAGCCUCCUGCCCUUGUUCGAAACCCGCCGCCUUCGAGAUCUCCUCUUCUUCUCCUCCUCUGUCGACCGUGCCACCGCCGUAUGCGGCACCACAUCUCCAGAUCCCCACUCCAUGGUGGAAUACCUCGUGAACUCCUGCGGGUUCUCCCCCUCCGAGGCAGCCAUGUUCUCUAAACCCCUCGCGCACCUCCGAUCCACCGAGAAACCCGACUCCGUCCUUAACUUCAUGAGAUCUCAGGGCUUCGAUGGCGCCGCUAUUAGGAAGGUGAUAUCUAUGAAACCCAAUUACCUAUGCUACAACGUGGAGACGAACCUCGCCCCGAAGUUUCAGUUCUUACGCGAUUUGGGACUAUCGGAGUCGGACAUCGUCGAUGCCAUUCUGAAGAACCCUGCUAUUCUGCGCCUCGACGUUCACCGUUCCUUGGUCCCCAAAUUGGAGAUGUGGGAAAGUCUCUUGGGAUCGAGAGAGCUCGUUCUCAAGCAUCUCAAGAAGCCAACACGGUUUUUCUUCUCCAGCGUUGAGAAGACAUUGCAUCCUAACCUAAAGUUCUUAACGGAUGAGUGCGGCAUUCCUGAAGAAAGGGUUUUUCUCGUCUUGAGAAGUCAGCCACAAUUAAUCACAAAUAAACCAAAGUCACUCCGAGCUUUGGUGGCGAGAGCCGAUGAGCUGGGGAUGCCACGGCAAUCUCGGAUGUUCCUGUGGACAGUUAAUAUUCUCCAGAGGGUAAGCAAAGAAAGUUUCGAGGCCAAGGUCGAGUUCAUGAGGAGGUUCGGGUGGUCGGAGUCGGAGUUUUCUUCUGCUGUCAGGAAAGCACCCACCUUCAUAGGCAUGUCCCUCGAUACGUUGGGCAGAAAAAUGGAAUUUUUUAUCAAUGUUGUCGGUUGCACCCCUUCCUUCAUCGCUGACAAAUCAUAUCUCUUGCUAUUUAGUCUGCAGAAGAGGAUAAUUCCUCGGUUUCGUGUCACAGAGAUGUUGAAAUCGAAAGGAUUGUUGACUGGACAAGCCAAGUUUCCAUACAUUCUCGGAUUAUCAGAUACCAAAUUCUUGGAGAAGUUUGUUCUCCCUCACAAAGAAAAUGUUCCUGAGCUGCUCGAUAUUUUGAGAGUUGAGGGCGUGUGUAAAGGAAAAUGAUACCUUUCAUUUGGUAUCGGAGGCUGAGAAAGGGCUUAGCUGAUGGUCUAAUUUGCCAACGACGAAGUAUGCAGUGGCUUCGAUGGAAUUUGAAAGACCAGUUGCACUGGGUUGAUCAGGAGUCACCAGCUCUUCUGAAAUGUCUUCAACCUCCUUUGGAAUUGCUAAAGCUUUUCUCGCAUCAACAAACUCUUGCAUGCCUCCAUAGGCUUCUGCUCGUCCACUCUUUGUGAUUCCAGGUGCAGAUCUCUUCAUUCUUGGAGUUCAUUCUUGGAUUUGGUGGAUGCAACUUCUCAUCAUCAUAGCUGAAGCUUCUGCUCUACUUGAAAGCUUUUAGAAGGCUGCACAACUAAAUUUCUCCAACAUCUGAAUCGAACUAAUUCCCUUGAGUUAGUCUAUUCUCUGGUUCCUUCAGAAUAUUUUGGAUGUCAUUUUAUUUCUUAUUUCAAGUCUUUAUGUUGUCAAUGUGGUCCAUGUUUCCCGCAUCAUGAACCGCACGGCCCAUUGGCUAGUCAAUCUAGGAAGGGCUGUAAAUUCUCUGUUUUUUUGGGUCUUGUAAUGAUAGAUCAGUUUAGCUCAGUAUCUAAUCUGCUUUAAUCUUUUUUGAAAUUUCUCCUUUUUUGGUAAAAACAAAACAAAAACUCUAACAUGUAAGCUCAGAAGGUGACAAUUAAAUGUGUAUUGCAACAUCCUGUAAUUGGCUUUAGUUCUUGUUGUAGAGUUUAUGAACAUUUACAUCACUAGUAUUUCAGAUUUAUGCA